UGGAACACGCCUUGAACCUUCAGGGUGGGUGGUGUACAGCAAACACUGCGGCGCCUAACUUCUCCGAGAUUGCAGUUCAAAGCUUCUUCUAACAGUCGUUGCAGUUGCAGUUCUUGGUGAUUGCCCGAGAAUCGACCUCAGCUAUGGAAGACAAGACCCGGUUGUUGAUACUCUACGCUUCGCAGACCGGAAAUGCUUUAGAUGCGGCAGAACGUGUCGGCCGCGAAGCAGGACGGAUGGCCUGUCCUGCCGUUGUCCUUUCCAUGGAUGAAUUCGAUGCUAAUUGCUUGCCUGAUGAAGACAUUGUGAUUUUUAUUGUUUCAACAACAGGACAAGGGGAUAACCCAGAUUCCAUGAAGGUGUUCUGGAGGUAUCUUCUGCAGAGAAAUCUCAGCCAGCAUUGGCUAGAAGGAGUUCACUAUGCUGUGUUUGGAUUAGGAGAUUCUGGUUAUCAGAAAUACAAUUUUGCUGCAAAGAAGCUUGACAAAAGACUUUCAGAUCUUGGGGCAAAGGCAAUAGUUGAAAGAGGCCUGGGUGAUGAUCAGCACCCUUCAGGGUAUGAAGGUUCUCUGGAUCCUUGGUUAUCAUCUUUGUGGCUUAGGUUGUAUCAAAUGAAUCCUACAUUCUUUCCAAAAGGUCCAGUGCUUACAGAUUCUGAUAUGAAAGUCUUGGAUUGUCCCAAAGUUAAAAUCAUGUAUCAUGACAUUGAUGAGAUGCAAUCACUGCAGUCAACAACCUCAGAUUUGGACUGCAUCGAGAUGCAGAUUGAGGGAGCUCGCUCUAUGUCCCCGGCAAGACUUUGUCAUGAUAAGAAUAGGCCUCACUGCUUCUUACAAAUGAUUAAAAACCAACAAUUAACCAGAGAAGGAUGUGGGAAAGAUGUUCGCCAUUUUGAAUUUGAAGCUCUUUCUUCUGGUAUCAAAUAUCAAGUGGGUGAUGCUCUUGAGGUUCUCCCUGGUCAAAAUCCUGCUGCAAUAGACGCUUUCAUAAGGCGUUGUAAUUUAAACCCAGAUUCGUUGAUCACAGUACAUCCCGGAGGAACUGAGAUUUUCUCUCCUGAUUCUUCUAAAAAAACCUCAAAGGCCCCCGUCAAAUUAAAAAGUUUUGUGGAAUUGGCCAUGGAUAUUUCAUCAGCUUCUCCUAGACGUUAUUUCUUUGAGGUUCUGAGUUUUUUUGCAACUGCUGAACAUGAAAAGGAGAGGCUUCAAUAUUUUGCUUCACCUGAAGGUAGAGAUGAUCUAUACGAAUACAACCAGAAGGAGCACAGAACUGUUCUGGAGGUAUUAGAGGACUUCCCAUCUGCACAAAUGCCAUUUGAGUGGCUGGUGCAGCUGGUGCCUCCAUUAAAAACUAGAGCUUUCUCCAUUUCUUCUUCCCCAUCAGCACAUCCCAAUCAAGUGCAUCUGACCGUGAAUGUUGUAUCAUGGAAUACACCUUUUAAGAGGAAGCGAACAGGUCUUUGCUCAACGUGGUUGGCUGGACUGAAUCCUCAAGAUAGAGUAUAUCUUCCGGUGUGGUUCCUAAAGGGUUCCCUUCCUCCCCCACCACCAUCGCUCCCCCUCCUCCUCAUUGGACCAGGAACGGGUUGUGCACCUUUUUGUGGAUUUGUCGAGGAAAGAGCAAUACAAUGUGCAAUUGGAUCAACUGGUCCAGUUUUGUUCUUCUUUGGGUGCAGAAAUGAGGAAAUGGAUUUCUUGUACAGAGAUCUUUGGUUGUCUCAUGCACAAAGAGGUGGGGUUCUUUCAGAAGAUAAGGGUGGAGGUUUUUUUGUUGCCUUCUCAAGGGACCAGCUGCAGAAGGUUUAUGUGCAGCAUAAGAUGCAGGAAGAGAGCCAAAAGGUUUGGAGCUUGUUGAGUGCUGGUGCUUCCAUAUAUGUUGCUGGUUCUUCAACCAAAAUGCCUACAGAUGUUCAGUCAUGCCUGGAGGAAAUUGUAAUGAAAGAGAGUGGGGUCUCUAAGGAAGCUUCUGUCAGGUGGCUAAGGGCACUGGAAAAAGCUGGUAAAUAUCAUGUGGAAGCAUGGUCAUGAGUUAGCCAGGUUUUAUGCCAUACUAAAAGCAAAAUGGAAAGGUCUACAUACAAGAUAGGCUUUACAAAAUACUGUCCAUCUCAGAAGACAAUUUCAUUGUUAACAUGACAGAAUUUGAUUUGAAACUUAAUUUGUUCUGUUAGAUGGGGAUUCAGUUGAAGUGAAGGAAAAUGCUGCAGCUGA